UCUUCUUCGCGCUCGGGGGCAUUUUUCAGCACAGUCUUUUCGUCUGGCGCGCUGUUUGCACACGCCGGCGCUCCGCGACGCUUUCAGUUUUUUUUUUCGUUACUAUCAUUUCGUCGUUUCCCACUUAACUUUUCUUCUCUUCAUUUAUCCGUCGCACCGUCGGCCGUCACCUCUCCGCGUACGCCGAUCGUAGUCCGCGCACGUUAAGUCUUUUUUGAUUUUUUUUUUCAAAAACUCGUUACGAGUUCGAAAUUUCCGUGUCCAGAAAUAACCGAACGCGCGCGCGACACUCGGUACGGUACUACGGUAGUACGGUAGUAGUAGCCGCCGUCUACGGUCCAUCGAUCAGUUUCUCUGUCCGUCUCUGUUCUAUCGAAAUUAAAUCGUUUCUCGAAUUGGCUUUUCGAAGUUUACCUCUCCGCGGCGGACGUAACCACCGCCACUUCGUCACGUUCUACGGUCACGUUUCCCGCGCAAUACCGACGACCAACAGGUAUCGCUGAUUUCCCAACAGCAUUUUCUUCGCGAAUACCGCGAAUUGCCGAUUUUGGUCGAUGUCGAUCAAUCUUUCAUCGUGUUGCUGUUGUUGUCGUUACUUGUAGACGAUAUGAGAUUAGAAAUAUUUUUUUUUCAAAUCUCRACCAUUUCCCGCCACUUUCUCGCCUACAAUUGAUAUCGUUUGAGAACGUAUGAGAAUCGUUUCAUCAAGGGGAAUUGAGAUCAUCGUCGCGUCGUCGUCUUCACCCUCGCCUUCGGUGGAGAUAUACGAUCGUCAUCGAUAAGACUAACAGAAUUCCAAGAAGCAGUGAACGGCKUCGUUUAGCGGACCCUAACGCCGCCGCCGCCACCAUGGGCCGUAAGAAAAUACAGAUAUCGCGGAUCACCGACGAACGCAAUCGCCAGGUUACCUUUAACAAGAGGAAAUUUGGUGUUAUGAAAAAAGCAUAUGAACUGAGUGUGUUAUGCGAUUGCGAAAUUGCUCUAAUCAUAUUCAGCAGCUCUAAUAAAUUGUAUCAAUAUGCUAGUACAGAUAUGGAUAAAGUAUUGCUCAAAUAUACAGAGUACAAUGAACCUCACGAAUCGCUCACCAAUAAGAAUAUUAUCGAACAAUUGAACAAAAAAGAACUUAAAGGUGGUGCAUUGAGCCCUGAGAGCCCAGAUGAAAGUUGUGAUGGUACACAAGGACCCUACCAACUAACACCAAGAACUGAAGCAAAAUACAGUAAAAUCGACGAAGAGUUCCAGCUAUUGAUGCAACAUCAAAGAAUGGCCAGAAAUAAUGUAAGUGCCAACUAUUCACUUCCAACCACUAUGCCUGUAAACAACAUGUAUAAUGACUCAGGGAACUUACAACUGCAACACAAUGCUAGCCCAAGACCUCCAUCUUCGUCUGAUGCUGAUUCUGUUUAUCCUCCCGGUGGUAUGUUAGAAAUGAGUAACGGAUACCAAGCAUCUUCAUCGCCUGCACUAGUCAACUCACCUUCUUCUCCCGGACAAUUAGUCAUGUCACCAUCGCCUACGCCUAAAGCCUUAAAUGCCUCUAAUAGAGCUACUCCUCCGCCUAGACAUCAUUCACCUAGACCCAAUUUGCGUAUAGUCAUGCCCAAUGCUCCUAGUCAUCAUGAAGACAAUAAUGCAAACUCAAUUAAUACACCAACUGUCUCUCUAAACACACCAGUUGUAGCGCUUCAUACACCUGGAUUGGGUGGCUCUUAUCAUGGGAUUUUCACUGAUCUUACAUCUUCUGACAUGGGUCUUUCAUCAGCAUUGAAUUGGUCUAAUCAACUAGCACACAAUAGUGGAAUGUCUCACCUAGGAGUACCAAAUUCAUCACCACCUUCUUCACCAUCACCAAAUUCUGUUCGCAUUAAAAGUGAGCCUAAUUCACCUCCACAUUUACAUCACCAUACGUCUUCAGCUACCUCUGGAACAGCACCCAACACUGUUGUUUCACAUUCUAUCAGUCAUUUAWCUUUACCACAUGCUCACACUUCCAUACCGUCCCAUCACUUGUCUGUCACAGAACGUUUUAUACUAGGCGGACAAUUGCCCAGUAACCAAAGCUUAGUAGAUUCAAGACACGAUUUUGAAGGAGGACCACCGCCGAAAAGAUUGCGUGAUACUUGGCCAACAUGACUAAAUUGUUAAGUACAGAUGACAUCACACUGCUACUUUACCCAAAAUAUUUUUCUUGAACAUAUAGAUUAUUUAUUUUAUAUUUAUGGACCGCAUGACUUACUCUCUACACAGGACAACUUAUGACUUAUAUUAAGUAACUAAACUAUUUUUGAAAAUUCCUCUUCUUUUUAUCCCUUAUAUUUGUUUUUUCAUUGUUAACUCUAUAACAUAUCUUAACUAUGUUUUUAACAUUUGUAAAUAAAUUUUUAUUUAUCUAUUACUUAUAUUUUGUCAUCAGUUAUGAUAAUAUGCUGAUCCAAAUGCAUAUUAUAAAAAGUUAAUGUCUAGUCCUGUUACAAUAGAAUGUAGGCUACAUUUACUAGUCAAUAAAACAAUAAGACGAAAAUUGAUUAUAUUGGCCAAAAUUCAAUUAUAGACUAAGUAAAUAUUAUAUUGUUGUU